AGUUUUCCAAAGUAGUGUACAUUUUUCUCGGAAUUUCAUAUUUUGCUGAUUUUUUUUUUUUUGCUUCCUAAGCAUCCUUUUAUACUCAGAUUAAGUUUUCUGUUAAAAAUACUUCGAUUUAUACGAGUUUUAAGUAAAGUGGAAUACAUUUUUACCUGGAGUUAUGAAAACCGGGUUAGCAAAUUUUUCUCAUCUUCGCCUAUCUAAUAGCUUGUUUACUGUGUUGUUUGCUUAUAUCGUUCUUUUUUUUUUUGGCUUGUUUUGUGGUUAGGGAUUUGUGUAGAAGUGGAUGUAGACAGAAUUACUAUCUUAUCCCCCCCCUCCCUAUUUUUUCCCUACCCACAAUUCUUUCUUUAACACAAGUUAUCAGUUUGAAAUCAGCGGGCGCCUAAAGCUGGUUUCGGUGCCGUUUAGCAGUUUAGUUUUACAUAUUAGUCACCUUGAGAAAAGUUUCCCGGAGGGCAUCAUGUAAAGCUCUGAGAUGGGACAAAGUUAUUACGAUGCGGAGAGUCUGCAUCGUCCAAUAUCGUAUUAUAUUCUCGUUUCAUUUGGCUAAACGGAUCAAUCACCCUGAUCCGGGCUGAAACAGAAAGGUACGAUAUUGUUCGCUUUUUCUAAGGUGACCACUAAGUCUUUGGCUUCGGGAACAGGCUCUUAGGAGUCAAAUGAAUUAGGUGAGAGCAAAAUUGCAGGUGAACUUUGACCCGGGCCAAGUCUUUCUCUCUGGUGUGAAAACAAGGCUAAGGUGAUCCGCCGACCGUGUGACUCUACAUCCGGGAACUUGAAUAAGACGAGUGUAAGAGAAAAGUCCAGAGGUGUUUAUCUGGCAAUAGGCCGAGUUUUUCCGAGCUAUUCGAUGAUAUUUCGCUUAUGUUUAACGUGAGUAGAUUAUGCGUGGUUGUGGAUAUUCUUAUCAGUGCUGCGAAAUUGUGUGAUUGUGUGAUUUCCGCAUGGUCUUGACAGGUAUGUGAUCGCGUGGUUGAACUGCGGUUUCGCCAAAAUAUUCUGUGGCAGCCAUUAAUAUUGUUUCGUCGAUUGUACCUUGGAAAAGCAACUCUCGACUCAGGAAAAUUGGCUCUAGGUCUAGUUUCAGCGGGCUCUAAUGGCAUUGCACCACAGGCCGGUUUUUGCAGAUAAGAAGGUGAUAAUUUGUGCACUAUGUUUCAUUCAAUUUGUUGUCUAUUCCAUGUGGAAUCCUGUUGUUUGUCGGACCGCGAAAAAAUUAGUGAUUUGCUGACUAUUUAAGUUGUUAUGUAAGCCUUAACCAGGCGCUCUGUUGCUGCAGCUCACUCCACUGAAAAAUUUCUAGACUGAAAUGACACCGCUUUGAAACUUCGCGAAGUCAGUUUACUGAAUAAAUGUUCUAAAAUUUGCGUCAUUUUAAAUUUGGACUCGUGGGAAUGCUUCUAGGGACCAUUAACUUACUGCCCGGCGUUAGAUAAAGGCUUUUAAUCGGCCUUUGAAUGAGUUUUGUUGUUUUAAGAGCGAGUGCACAGAAAAAUAGAGCAAGCCGUGGCCACAGCUCAAAACCUAACUUACCCUCAUUUUAAGUCUGUAAUAAGGUUUUAAUGAAUUUAUAACACUGCUGAGGUUUAAAUUUCAAAAUGCGGCCGAAUUUGGGAAUUAUUUGAGAUUUUCGAUUACAACGGUUUGCGGGCCUAAAAUUAGCCGCCGAACACGGCAAUAUAGCUUAGCGACAGAAAUGAGCUGAUGUUCAUAAACGAGCGAAUAUAUUGGCAAUCUUCCACUUAAAUCUCAAAAAACAGAUAUCUAACAAUUUCUAAACGGCACAUUUUUUUAGAUUUAGAGAACAAAAUAUCGACGAACAAGCACAAUUUUGAAACGUAAUUUGCAUAAUGCUUAUAAAUACAACAAUUUACCGCUAAAACCAAAUCAAAUUUCCUUUUCGGGGGAAUUCUCCAAAUCACCUCAAAUCCCGGUUACUACCCAAUGAGAUAUAGUACUUCAACAUUAACUGAAAGUUAGUCUGGUGUUCUUGCGAACGCUUGUAAAAUAGAUUGAUUAUUUUGAGGUUAUUUUGCGCCAAACAACCGCUAAUUGACCCCAGGAUCACUUGACGCGUGCACGUCACCUUAGUUUUAUGCGUCGAUUUGAGCUCGUUAAAAGGGAGAAACUAACAAGAUUCUUUUAAUAUGUACCUGUUUUAGUGAAAUGCGCGCAAUCUUCAAAAGGAGAGGCCGUUCAAUGGGUAAUUUCUGUUCUUGAGAUCUUGACGAUUGUAGCAUAGCGUCUGCGAGUGGACCUGAGUCUAGGGCUGUUUUCCCGUGACUGCGAAAUCAGAAUAACAUCAUGAAAUAAUUCUCGCUCGAAUCUUCGUAAAUGAAUCAGCUUUGCAGUGCCUUACCUGAGAUAAAAAGUGGGCCGAAUAAGAAAACAUUUCUAGCGCAAGUUGGAUCCUUUGCAGCGCGUAGUGUAUUUGCUAAGCGUUGAUGGUAUCAAUGACUUUUUUACUCACCUCCGAUUGCGUGACGAGGCAAUUAUCGAUUGUCUCCUGCGAAAAAUAAGUGCACGGGAAACCAAAGCUUUCGGGAUACAGUAAAUUCAUUUUCCUGUAUGACCAGCUGUCCUUUUGUCCUAUUUUAAAAGUGGUUAACUAAGAUGGUUAGCAAACAUACUGUCCAACUUUUAAAAAUGGUACAGUAACUGAAUGUUUUGUUCUUCUGAUCUUACCCCCAACGCCGAGUGUUCAGAAGAUAUAUUUCCACUACGCAUGAAAAUCAAAUGGGUUAAAUUUUAAGGUUCAAGGCGGUUUUAAGGCAUGGGCUACCGGUGGAUUAGUCAGACUUGUCAUAAGGUGCAUUGAACAGAAAAUUGCAGGCAUGAUAUCUCUGCUAUUGUAUGUCCAUUAAGUGAUUUUCCAGCAAACAUUAUUUUUUGACUUUUUUACCCCAAAAGUUUUUUCCGUUCAAUUCUUAUCUAUGAGGUCUAAACUUAGUUAAAUUUCUGUAAUUUGUUGUUAAAAAUAAAUGCAAUUCUGCAAACAACUAAGUAUUUAAUUUUGCGUAAAAGCUACAUGAAAUUGUACUGUUUAGCCGUAAAUCAUUAAAAUGAGAAAGCAUGAUGCUUUCUCUUUUCAAGUCUAGUAGGACUUAAGCAAUGGUAUUUGUUCUCCAUGUCUGCUAAGGACGAAACAGUUUGCUCUUUUCCAGAAAUUGUUCUUGCCCAUUACGGUUUCAAACCAAGGAUAGCAGCAAGUCUGUCGUGGUCAUAUACCGCUACUUCAGUGCAAAACUUAACCUCAAGGGCGUCCAUGUUCGCUCCGGCUCGAAAAGGUAGAAUCCAAGAUAGUAAAGCAGUUAUGCAGUAAAAAGUAAUGCGAAAAACCUGCGGGGGCUGGGGAAAGAAAGGCGUCUUAUUUUUCUUGGGCUUGUUCUAUUUUCGCGACCUGGUACAGGCUACAAAAUACUGACAAGCUUAGUAUAUGUCUUCACCACUGAGAGUCACCUGUUCCUAGCCGGACACGCCCCUCACGUAUCAUGUUUCGUUCCUAAAGUUAUUUCAAAGCACAGAACCAAACCUAAUCAGCGGCCGAAGGCAGAAAGGAGGAUGAGCAAACGGAUGUCACAGCAUAUUUUGCAAGAAACUGGUAUCCUUGUGUCUAUCGGCUCAGGAAAGAUUGAUUACCACUAGAAUUAAUGUCAGGGUGAGUGCUACAAUGGGAGGGAAGGAAGAAAAGGAAACCGCCGCGCACACCUGUUAAGUGUUUUAUAAACUUUCUCGUCCUGACGGUUUCAAAGAAGGGCGUUGUGGCUGCUAUUUAAUUUACCGUGUCUGUUGCAGGUGUCGAGUUAAUCUUACAGCAACUGGAAACGUGGCCACGCCUACUGAAACUGAGAUUGCUUGUAGGAUGAACGGCUAUAGUUUGGUAUAUUCACGAGCGCGUUUUCUCCAGUGAACUGAGUGCGUAGUUUUUCUUAACGAAGGGAGAGGUGGUUCAAGUGAAUAGUUCGGGGAAAGUUUGCUUUCUUUAGCAGGGGGGGGUAUAUUUGUUGAUAUCAGGAGUUCUGGCGUGGAUAGAGUCGUUGUAAAGCUAUUUUUGCUUCGGAGUAUCGGUUUACCGGAAGCUGAAGCAUUUAAGGAAUAAUAAUAGAGAUUCUCAUGGUUAGUCCAGCUGUUAUCGACCAAAAUUGUUCACUUUUAUGAUAAAAGCAUGAAACUUUGCCAGAUUACAACUAACCCUAAGACUAACAUUUUUGGAUAUGGAGCCAAGCCAAAUUCAACACUGGACACGAGUACUGCGCAGGCCCUAAAAUGGCCUACAUGAGAACGAGGCUGUUAGUGGAAAUCCUUCUAAAAUACCAUUUUUGGGUGUUUCUGUAAAUAAAAGUCGUAGAUAUUGUGGAAGAAGACAUUUGCUUUACUGUCAUGCUUUCUUUGGUGUCACGUGACCCCUCCUUCCAAAUAUGGGGGGCUAUUGUUGGGUGUCCUGUGCUGAAGCUGUCUUCUGUGCAUUUGUGUGUUUAAGGGGGUGAGAAGGGGCACCUUUUCAGGCAAGUUCAAAUGAUAACACUCUUGCAACUAUUGUCCAGUUAUCAACGGCUGUUUUUUACCAUACAAAUGCAAAUCAUUACAUGAAAACGAGGCAAAAAUCUUUUCAGCAGUUUGAAAAGCCUCCAGUUAGCCCUGCGUGCAGUCAUCUUGAGUUGAAUUCAUGGACCAUUGCCUAAAAGCCCGAAUUGAUCAAAAAUUGUGAUCGCACGGCAUUUUUGCAGAGUUUUUUUCUCCACAGACGACAAUUGAAAGUCACAUGACAUAGACUUUUUCCUUAAAUAUGCCAUAUUGAAGGAAUUGAAGAGCCCCCCUUUCUGAUAGUUGUAUCCUCAAGAUAGUUGUAGAUGUCACUGUAUCUUAAGAGUAGGUUGUACACCAGUUUUGCCAAUGGUGAAUCGACACCGUCCCAAAGAAGCAGUUUUUCUUUCAUUUAAGAGUUCAUAGCCACAGACUGCCACGAUAUACCCCUUAGUCAAAGUUAAAACCUUUAGACUUGUAUGCCUCAGAAGUGUUGUUCCCUACACAUAUCCCAUUCAUACACUGCUCGACAGGUAUGUUGCAUGAGCACUACUCGAGUUGAGGAAACACUAUGAAGGUCACUUUAUCUUCUUUUCACUUCUUGCCUCGUUUUAUUGAAGAUAAUGAGGGCUGGAUAAACAAACGCAAGUGCAAGCCGAAAAAACCAAUUGAGCCAACUCUUUCCCCAAACGCUUUUGUUUGCACUUAACGCUUGUCAACCAGGAAAAAACCGACGUUCUAGCUGUCUAUUUGGGGCUAUCGUCGGAAACGUCACGUGCAAACUGCACUCAAAAGGAGACGCAAGAGGGAGGGGUGUUGAUCGAGAGAGCUUGCUCGCAGGCUAACGCAAACGCAAGGUAAAAAAUGUCUGUCCGACAUGAUGGGAUCUAGGAUAAUCAAAUGGGAUUGUGUAUCUCACUGUGCUUGAAUUUGCAUUAUGAUUACGUGAAAAUCGGUUGUCCUUAAUUUCUCUUUCAAGAAACAUAUCCCACAAAUUUUUCGAUUAGAUUCAUUCAGUUGGCAAAUGAUGUCAGGGAUCUCAACACCAAUGCAAGCUUAGAUCAUGACUCAAUGCCCACGUGACACUGACAUCAUUUUCUUUGGCGUCCAUACUAUACAUGGAUAACUAAAAUAACUAGCAUCGCCUCAUUGGUGGAAUGGGUUCUGAUUUAACUGUUGAUGAUCGCUCAAACUAACAUGAAAUGUCUGGACCACGAAAUAAUUUUCAGCCUGUUUCAGUUUAUGCAAACAAGAUGCAAGAGCGUUAACUUAUGUUUGGUGGGAUGUGUGCAGCACAGUUUUAAAGUAUGCGGAAUAAAUUUCCCUAGUAAAAUCUCAUUUCACCAUUUGAAUUCCCAUCUUCUCAUUCACGGAAAGAUUUCACUGCUUCGAUUAUUAUUCUUCACCGAUUUUAGAAGGGUGUUUCUGUUUUGUUUUGCACAUAAAUGGAUACACAGAUUCGUUACUUGGUGCACCUACCGUCAUUUUGAAUAAGGUGACUUGCGGUUAUAUAAGCAAUGAAUGAGCCACACCCUUUUUUUCAACUCAGUUCUGUUACUGAGCUGCUGUUCAUCUGGUACCGGUAAACUGCCUGCUGAGCAUUUUGAACAAUAUGAAGCUCGCGGAGUAUGAGCUGAAACUAAUCUUUGUCAUUACACAUGGCGCCAAAUACCCCAAGCAGCCUGUCUACAGAAUAAGUGGCUCGUGGAAGAGAUUAACAUGCUGUAUAUACGGCUGCUAUGAGAACGAUGAUCUUAGGGUUGAAUGGGAUAAUAAAGCCGCCCAAGUCUCAAAACCUCAUACGAAUCUCUUCCUACCCACUGCAAAUCCUUAGCAUUUUAAUUUUUUCAGCAGUUUCCAUUUUCAUUGGUUUCUGAUUAACUGGUCUGUUGAGGAUACACUCCUAACUCCCCUUUGAUGUCUGUAGUAGAAAACUCACUUGUGGGUGUAAAGUUAGCGAUAGAAACCAGCUCUAAUAGUUGGAUGUUUGGCUAUUUUCCUUUGAUUUGGUCAACUUCUCUGUGGCUGGAUCGAUGCACAAAACGUUGACAUUAUCAACUUUUGUGGUAGAAAAAGAUAACAUUUUUCUCGGCUUAGAUGAGUACACGACCAUGGAUUAAUUUAUGUACCAUUUUAAAAUAUUGUAGUUCUUCCAAUAUAUUUGGUUAUGAGCCUUUCAUGUGAGGUACACUUUCCUAAAUUGAAAAACAUUAACCGAGAAGUCGAUAAUAGAAUUUUAAACUUUCCCUAAUUAUAAGGUAACGAGCGUUCUUUGGACCCAAAGUGUACCGCCUUAGUGUUGCAUCACGUCUAGUACAAUGACUUGAAAUGCUCAAAUCAUAGUAAUUUUGUGCCAAUUAUUCGAAAAUUCUCUUUCAAUCGAGUGGUAUUGUAGUUGCCUACAGCUUGUGUGUCUAAAUUGUAAUUUAUUUGAGAAGUUUUUCAAGCACCACAUCUUUUGCUGCUGCUGCUCCUCAACCACGGAAUUCAUUGCCCUACGCGAUUAGGAGUAGCCCCUCAGUAGCAUCUUUUAAAAAGACACUAAAGACAUUUUUAUUUCAGAAAGCUGUGAUUUUAUGUGCUUUUUAAUCUCGUUUUUAGUAGGUUUUAUGCAGUUUUUUACGAUUUAAGUAGUCUAGGUAAUUUUUAUAGUUUUAGUGUUAAGGUUAACAAAAUUGUUUUAACACUUUUUGGUAGGUUCAUGCACUUUAUGCAUGUAUACUUUAUGCAGUCGUGGUAAUUUGUUUUGAAAUAUUUUUAUUUUUAAGCGCUGAUGAAAAUAGCAAUAUUGAUAUCGGCGCUAUAUAAGUAUUUAUUGUUAUUAUUAUUAUUAUUAUUAAAGAUUACCGUUAGAAAUAUGAGUAAAGUUAAGCUAAUUCCUCCACCUAUUUCAAGUAGCUCAGUUGUUGUUCAAUUAUAAGGGAUAAACAUGUGCUUUUUAAUCUCGUUUUUAGCCGGUUUUGUGCAGUUUUUUACGAUUUAAGCAGUCUAGGUAAUUUUUAUAGUUUUAGUGUUGACAAAAUUGUUUUAACUCUUUUGGUAGGUUCAUGCACUUUAUGCAUGUAUACUUUAUGCAGUCGUGGUAAUUCUUUUUUUGAAAUAUUUUUAUUUUUUAAGCGCUGAUGAAAAUAGCAAUAUUGAUAUCGGCGCUGUAUAAGUAUUUAUUGUUAUUAUUAUUAUUAUUAUUAUUAUUAUUAUUAUUACUAUUAUUAUUAUUAUUAAAGAUUACCGUUAGAAAUAUGAGUAAAGUUAAGCUAAUUCCUUCAUCUAUUUCAAGUAGCUCAGUUGUUGUUCAAUUAUAAGGGAUAAGCAUGCACUUUAAAUAUACUCUGCCUUGACGGCAUACAUAGCAACAACUUUGCUUUUUUUGUGAAAGCGCUCCGACGUUCUGUUAGGGAGCUGAGUUUGAAAGGCUUGAUUUCUGGUCCUUAACGGGGAGAAACAUGGCUAUUUUUAUUACAUUCAGAUUGAUCAUCUUUUUUAUGUUUUCAUGUGUUAAUAUAAAAUUCAAAGGAAUAUCAAUUUGGUAGCUUUAAAUUGCGUAUCUCAAAAAUGGCCUCCACAAGACUAUCCUGUCAUCUAUUUUUUUAGACAUAACAAACAGAGAUAUGAGGAGGCACGAUCGCUUGCUACUGCAUGACCUGUUCAUUUUUACCUCAAAGACUGGCAUUUCUUCAAAAUUAAGCGGGAAGAGCUAUUUGGGCCGAGCCACCUCCUGGAUUCAGCACUGAACCUUGUAAUUGACUUUGUUAAUAAUUUAAAGGAGAAUAAAAUAGCUUAAUGCAGUAUCCGAACGUGGAGGCAAGAAACUGGAGGCUAGCUUUUAAGAUCAUCAAAAGGAUUUUUGCCUUGUUUUUGAGCAGCGCUCUACAUUUAGAUGGAAAACAACAGCCAGAGUGCCAUACAAUCACAACUUUUGAUCAGUGCAAGCUUUUAUGCAAUGUUAUCUGAAUCCACCCCAAAUGACCACCCGCAGUGCUAACGGGACGCUUUUCAAACAGUUUAAAAGACUCUUGCCUUGUUUUCAUGUGGUAAUUGACAUUUGUAUGAAAACAAAUCCAACCCUAGAUAAUUGGAAAAAAGUUGCAAGAGUGUUAUCAUUUAAAAUUAUGUGAAUCGAUGCCCAUUCUCACCCCUUGAAACGCACAAAUGCACAGAAGACAGCUCCCGCACAGGACACCCAGCAACGGCUUCGCCAUAUUUGGAAGAAAGGGUCACGUGACACCAAAGAUAACAUGACAGCAAAGCAAAUGUCUACUUCCACGAUAUCUACAAGUUUUAUUUACAAAACCACUUAAAAACCGGUAUUUUAGAAGCAUUUCCACUGUCAGCCUCGUUUUCAUGUAGGCCAUUUUAGGGCCUGCGCAGUAUUCGUGUCCAGUGUUGAAUUUGGCUUGGCACCAUAUCCAGAAAUGUUAGUCUUAGGGUUGGUCGUAAUCUGGCAAAGUUUCAUGCUUUUAUCAUAAAAGUGAACAAUUCGCUAUAUUUUUGGUCGAUAACAGCUGGACUAGGUCUAACAGUGCGAAGAUUAGACUUCUGGUAAGGUGGCAACGAUCAAGGCCCGCAUUAUAAUUCAUGAUAAUUGAAGGUCAUGAUGUAGAAAAAGCGACUCAAAUGGUGGAUGCCAUGCAAUCCUCGCGGGUGGGGGCGGUGUACCUGGCCUUAACGGUUGCCCCUGCGACAGAAUUCAGGCAUGCCCAGAUUGUCCACGGGUUGCUAAAUGAGACCGUCCCUUUCUUAGUACCCGUUCCCUGUCUUACAAUUAGACCCGGGCAAAUUUCUCGAGAUUGCACCAUCAUGUUGGGCUUAAAGCUUCCAAAGUCCAACAAUAAUAGCACAUGUUCGCGACGGUUUUUUAAGCCAGUCAAGUUCUUAAACCAGGCCUUAAACGGCCAGUUUUAAGUGUCGAUAACAGUUAAAAAGGCAUACAAGCCUCAUGCAAAAGACAGUGGGAAGGAAGUGCACAUCGGUGAUGGGGAAAAAGGAGUAGCCCACAGUUAUUUAGGGGUGGAUCUUUCGAAACAUUUUUAUACUCUUGGACAGAUAUGCAUUGUUUAAAGUUUUAGACAAACCAGGUGUAAAUUUAUACUAACAAACUGAUAAAUAUACAUCAGCAAGAUUUUUGCGAAUCCUGUUUUUUGCUGGAGACUAUCGUUUACUGGCUGGUCACGCAAUCAAAGGUAACGUACUUUCCCAGGUUUGUUUACUCACCUUUCGCUCAGCAGUACACUGCGUUCCACAAAGGAUCCAAAUUGCGCUAGAAAAGUUUUCCUACUCGGCCCACGUUUUACCUCAGGUAAGGCACUGCAAAGCAGAUUCACUUACGAAGAUUCGAGGGAGAAUUAUUUCUUGAUGUUAUUCUGAUUUCGCAGUCACGGGAAAACAGCCCUAGACUCAGGUCCACUCGCAGACGCCAUGCUGCAAUCUACAAGAUCGCAAGAACAGAAAUUACCCAUUGAACGGCCUCUCCUUUUGAAGAUUGCGUGCAUUUCAUUAAAACAAGUACAUAUUAAAAGAAUCUUGUUAGUUUCUCCCUUUUGUCCUUUUUUAUUAUCCACCUCAAAGUGAGGGUAAUUCAAAACUUCAACCCCUCAAACUUCCUUGUUUCCCUUUUAGCCUUAACCACCAUUAUUUUUACACUGACUUUUCUGUUUUACAGGAAAGUAUUGCGCAUGGUUUCUUUAAGGCAAAUAAUUAAGUUACAUCAACUUUAAAUUGUUUGUUAGAAAUGCUUCUAUUCCCUGCUGAUGUUAUCUUGAAAUUAUUUCUAUCUUUGCUUGAUCCAGUUCACAAAAUUUUGUUUCAUGUUAAGCCUGAAUUCAACUUUUCACUGGUACAAUAUUUUUGGAGAUUAAAAUCACAGCUUUUUUUCUCCUGUCUAAUGACCAUCUGCCUUUUUGUUUCUCAUGGCUUAUUACUGAACCUUGGCAUUACAAAAAAUUGUUCUUUAAAAUGUGAGCUUCAAUAUCCUGUUUACUUGGCAACUGCUGCUUUUUGGCUGAUAAUCUCUGCACUCUCAUUUUCGUUCUUUGUGGGUUUAUAUGUUGUGACUAUUAUUAUAUUUGGGGAGACCUUUGAUGCCAGUUCCAGAUCCUGUACAGAAAUGCCACUCCUUUUUCCAAUUUUAUAUCUCUCAUUUGGUGUAUGUCUAAGUUAUCCCUGUGCCAAACCUGCCUGGUUUCCUUUUUAGCAUGUUAAUAAGAUCUAAAAGGUUGAUAACAACAAUUCAAGUUGUUGAUAUAACAGGCAAGCCACACACCCUCACUUUUGCACCAUAUGCCACAAUAAAAGAUCUAAGAUCUCAAAUAAAUACUAAGUUCAGAAUAACAAGUGAUUUGUACUGGUUGUCAUGCUGUGGAAAGCCUUAAUUUCAUUUUUUACUUUUGGAAGAAAUAAGAGGAACAGUUUUUAUGCAUGGGCGAUUGAUGGGAGGUGUACAAUGCUGUCUGAAGGGAUGUGAAAAUGAGGUAGAAUCAAGAAAAUUUGAUAGCAUGGUUGGGCGGUAUGAACUGAAAUGUGCCCCUGAUGAUGUUACACCUGAAAAUCUCAAAGAUCUUAGGGUAUGUGAUAAACAUUACAGCAGUUUAUCAGCAAGAGGGCAUAAACCUCCUAAGGGGAAAAGCUCCACUAGGUCAUGCAGUAAUGCCCAGCUGGGCAUCCUGAAAGUUACACCAUGUAUAGUGACUUGUUCACAAUGUGGCAACAAGGGUUGCCUGAGUAGUCAUGUUCCCUGCAAGAAACACCACAUAAAUAUUUUUAAAAGUACGUUUUCAGUGGGAUGCAAUUUUUUGGAUGAAAGAACUGGCAAUAAGACUGAUUUACGUAAUGACUUGUAUAGUGUAGAUCCUUGUGAUGGAACUUUUCCAGACUACAUAAUAUGUAGUCUGUAUGUAUAUUAUGCAUGUCAUGUCAGCCUUUCUAUUUAAAAUCCAUUAAAAUAGAGCACGAGUACAAAGAAGCUCAAAACAUCUUCCACCAAAAACAAGGUUGUUCAAUUUCCACGAUAACAACAGAUAAUGAUAGCAACAAGCAUGAGUUUUUUCAAGAAACAACUAUUAAUGCAACUAAAGAACAAGCCAAUGUGUUAUCAGAAAAAAUGGUCUUGGAUUGAGAAUUUGCUGUGUCUGAUGCUUUAAACUUUAAAGCAGGUAUUUUUACAGAUGUGUUGAAUGAAAUAAUGAUACAAACAGUUACUGCUCCAAGAGAACCAGUAGAUGCAGGAAAUGACAAUGAAGUACAGUCAUCACCUCUGCCAGUUUAUACAGUUUUUCAAACAGUUAUUUCAUGUAUUUUUCCAUGGACAGUGUAGUUUACUCAGCACACUACAGAUAAUACCAUGAAGGUUACUUUUUCUCUCCCAAAUAUCGGAAAAGGUGUUGUAAUAACCAAGUGGAAGGAAAUAAAAACAUUUCCUUCAAAGGAUUUUAGUCCAUUUACAGUAGAAUUCUAGGGUAACAAAAUUGACUAUGGGGACUCCCACACAAUAUUUUUCAAGAAAACAUAUCAAAAUCUGCUUUGGGUGUCAUGCUUAAAACUAUUAAAAACUUACCGGUUUGUCCAGGUAUAUUAUGAUCCAGCCCUUGUCGAUAUGGCUGGAAAAAAAAGGGAAGCAAAUUUAUACUUUGUGAAUGCAAAAGGAGCAAGUGUAGAUGGAGAGAUUGUCAAGUGCAUCAGGAGCUUAAAUUGCACCUACAAACUACCUGGCCAUUCAAAAACUAGAUGCAACAAAUGUCAAGAUAUUCUACAAUCUUGCUUUCAUUGGAAAACAAAACCUUCAUAACCUUCAGCAAUAAUCACGAUCAUCUUGAACAAGUAAGACGUUUCAUUUUGAAAAAUGGUUUUCAAGAACCAAUAAUUAUAUCAUGUGAUCUUACAACUGGAAAAGCCUUAUACCACUGAAGGAAACCAUCGUGUUUGGGUGGCCAGUCAGGAAGGUAUACCAUUCAUACCAUGUCAUGUUGUUCCUCACUGGCUGCCCCCCAAUGACUCUUACAAAAAGCUUGAAAUCGAUUUUUCCACUUUAAAAUACAAUACUUCCUGAACAAUUGGGAUUGACUGUUGCACAGAUUGGUUUCAAUAAGUGAAUAAAACAAUAACCUUUACAAAAGAUGCAUCAAAUCUAUUUCUGUUUGUAUGCAUAAACUUAAACACUAUCAUAAUUAUAGUGUUCUUAAAUUAAAAAUAAUUAGUAUUAAUUUGUCGAUUUUAAUAUUUUGUACUUUGACAACAGAGAUUCCUUGCACACCUGAUCAAAAAAUAAUUUAAUAGAAUAUUGCAGUUAAUAUUGUACAAUGGAAUUGCACAUAGAUUCUACACUAGCAGUUUUAUCCCUCUAGCAUUAAUAUAUGGAGAGACUGUUGAAGUCUAACCGUUUGCAGCCGUUUGUAGAGCCUGAACGUUAAUUUUAUAACCUGCAUGUUUUUCAGGAGCUAUCUAUUUGCCACUCAAAUGUUGAUUCAUGCACAAAACAUGCAUAUAAGUCUCCUGUUGUUAGAAGUAAACGAGGAAAUUUCAAAACUUACCACUGAUCUCUAGUACCAACUUGUUGCAGCAGGUAGUGACUUGAUGUAAACAGAUUACAUUUAUGUCGUCUCCACAUGUUUUAAUUCCAUCGACUUUAAAGGGAUUGAUGAGAAGAACUACGUACUUUGGCUCGCUGAAAUUCGGCGUACAUUAAGCUCAAUGUAUCAUAUACCAAUCCUCCUAUUCUGAGAUCAGGAUAUUGCCACACUACCUGGCACGUUUCCCGAAAGCGAUAAACGAUCCUACAAACUGUGCCAAUUUAUAGACACUUCGCGGUACCUUUCUUUGCCUCAUGUGAUGCUUUUGAACCUUUUCCCGACUGAACCGUAUCGCGAAUAUUUCCAUGUUAUUUUUCAAAAGCUCUGCCUCAUUGAAGAAAGCAAAAGAUGAAUCCAAACAUUCGGAAAAUUGACAUCCUUUGCAACGUAACGAACAAGAAAUUUGCCCGCCAUUUUGAAAAUCACCGAUGUAUGACGUAACGUCACACUGGCAGUGAUCAGUGAACCAAUGUUUACCCUAGAGACGACCCCUCCCUCCUGGGCUCGUUGACCGUUGAAAUCGAAGAUCUCAAAUAAUUCCCAAACUCAGCCGCAUUUUGAAAUUUAAACCUCAGCAGUGUUAUAAACUCAUUAAAACCUUAUGACAGACUGAAAAUGAGGGUAAGUUAGGUUUUGAGCUGUGGCCACGAUUUGCCGAUUUUGCUCGAUUUUUCUGUGCAUUCGCUCUUAAAUUCCCAAGUAGUAGAAUGAGUCGAUAUUUUUGCUAGUCCGGUUUUCAAAAAUCCAGGUAUAUUUGAAUAAUUAAAAUUGGCGGAUCCAAGAUGGCGGAUGCUUCCAGUCCCUUUUUAAGUCAUAAAUGACGUCAUCAUGACAUCACUGCUAUUGUUAAAGAUCAUUUAUGUGUUAGCUAACUUCCCUGAUUUUAUCAGAGACCUCACUAUUUAACUAUUAUUGGCUUUAACCAUCGGACGUACAAAGGGUAGGAGGGAUGGGGGUUGCCACCUCCCAUAAGGUUUUUCUGAUGUUUUCCUAGACGAUAAAACAUUAGCGCCUGAAGUUUUCUGUAGCUGUUCUUUUAUCCCUCGCGCGCAUUUUGAGAGAAGUUUAGUGGUGAUCAGUUACUAUCGUUACGGAAUAUGACGUCAUAACUAGCAGGUGGUCAAGCCACUUUUGAGUGAAGAUGCAUGUUUUUCAACUUUUUUUUCAGGAAUAAAAGUAAACUUGGAGAUAAAAUGAUGUAAAGUAAUUAUUUCUGUGUUAUUUAACAUUUUAAGCGCAAAAAUACUAAAAUCAUCACUGUUUUUACCUGAUUUCUAAUUCUUGAUAAAAUCCAAGAUGGCGGCCAAGCUAGCAACCAUGUUUGGUGACGUCACAGCCUUCCAGCAGCGCCACCACACAUGAAAUAUACCUCAUCUUGUAGAGAAGAUCAAAGGUUCCACUGAAGGCAAAAUCGUUUUGAAAUAUUGCAACAUAUCAAAAACUCAAAACCACGGUGGGGGUGUGACUUUGCGUGUACGUCCGAGGGUUAAGUCUACCUUGAGGGAAUUUGGAUUCUGUCAAUAAAUUCAACAAUACGACGUCAUAAUGAUGUCAGAUUACGUCAUUGUAUCAAUCAAAUUAUGCCCAGAAGUUGAAAAUGAUGAGUACAUUAUUGUGUAAUUUUGUGUAAUUUUGGUGGCCUCAGGAUGAGCAGUUUUUAAGUUAUAGAGAGAGGGGGGCUUCGAGGACUCCCGAUUCGCAGGAAGUAAAUAAAAAAGCCCGGUCUGAAUAGGGUUAAUAUUCUGUUGUUAUGAGUACAUGUGCACGUUUAUCUAAGCAGUGCCCGCGGAAAGCCGUUGUUGUUUACAUUCAAGAUCAAGGUUGUUUCAACAGUUUUGCAGACAAUAUAGGUAUGGCUCAUAAAUUUGGUCUUCUGUGUAAACCGCCUUAAAGUUGUCCUGUGUUUAAUAGGCCACUUUCGAAUCAUGUUUAUGUUGCUUGUUGACUAUGAGUAGAGAUUUCGCAAACUCAUUAAUUAUCCACGCGGUCAAAAGCCAAUAAAUGACGACCAUUUGGAUCAGGUGGAUGAAUCCUGAUACCUAAUAAAACAACAGAUAAAACACAACCAGGUUUUCAUCUGAGAUCAAGCACUUGCAUUUUAAUGAGAUGUUUUAUUGAUUAACACAACUCAUGGAAACAAUGCAAUACCAGAGAAACUGCAUAAUUUCUUACUGCUUUAUUUCAGAGGACAUGUCAAAAACUCGGGCUUCGUGCUUCAUCACGGGUUCCAAACACCGACCCGAGGCCGUAGCACUCGCCCUCGUUUUUGAACUAUUACUUGAUAAGUGGCCGAUUGACCAGAACUGGUAUUUUCUGCAGCCUUAAUGAUAGACAGAAUGCAAAGCAUAAAAAAGCCUCCUCUCUCGCUUAAAGCUACUUGAAACGCAGCUUGAGCGGCCCCAGGCAAAAUAACUGGAUUUUAAAAUCCUUGAAUAUUCCAACAGGGCCACCUUUUGGGGCUAAAAAAAAAGACUUCUAAAAUUUCAAACACGGCAUGCAUUUCGACGUCGAACUGAGAUGCCAUGAUCUCUCAUUUCUAGAUUUUUGUUGAAAUCAAAAUAAACGAUGCGCAAUUGUCUCACGGGAAGUGACAAAAAGUCUUUAGAGCGAAAGCCAAAGAUAGACAACAAUGGGUGACCAUGUCAAAGGAACACGUUUUAGCCCGUAAAACAUGCUGGAAUCAUUGGCAGAAGUAACAUUUUAAGUUCAUUUUUGGAUGAGGUCACAGGCUCAAAGAAAAAGAACUAUAGGAAUAAGCAUUAGUCAGUACCAAUUACCAGCGGAGCUCUCUCGCGCGAAGUGCGGGUAGCGGAGCACCAUGGUAAGAAAAUCUGGUUAUCUAUGCAUCCAAGAAAUUUUGGUUGUAACAAAAUCGUCCGUCCGUACGUAUGUCCACUCCUUCAUGUAAGCUGGGGUGAAAUUUUGCAUUUCAAGCACCCCGAGCGUUUCAGCGGUAAAUCCCAUGGCCACUUGGACUUUUAGAGAGAGAGAGAGAGAGAGAGAGAGAGAGAGAGAGAGAGAGAGAGAGAGAGAGAAAACAACAACAACAACAAAAUCCAGUCCUCCUUUCGACUACAUUUUAAUGUCUAAAUUAACAUGGGAAACAGAGAAAUAACUAGACCGAGAAAUAAAAAAACAACGGAGACCAAUUUCGUUGGAAGAAAAACAUGAAAAUUCAAUAGCGGCGAUGAGAAAAUGAGAAAUGCUAGCGACCACCAAGGUAAAAAUGAGCGACAGUAAAAACAAAAGUGAACAGGAACACAUACAACAUUUCCUCCAUAAAACGUGUAACUAGGAAGUUUCUGGAAGUCUCACGUUGUAGUCGUGCAAAACAACUGCAAAGAUAUGUACAAAAAAGUGUGCUGCACGUGCAAAUUUUUUUUUUAUUUUUGCUAAUUAGACCUAUUGUUGUUUUUUACCGUUCUCGUUGUCUUCACCGUUUCUUUAGCAUUAGAUGAAUUUAUAUUUUGUUUGAGUAAACUAUAUAUAAAUAUUAAAGAGAGCUUUGCUUUCAGCCCUGGUUAAAUCUGUAUAUUACGCGUAGAAAAGAACUCCAUUCAAUCACUUAAUAGCAGCAAGAGUUUUGAAUUUCUUUUUGUUUCGAUUCGUCAGCUGAUUGAUCGCAGCAGUGCUUCUCUUUAUAUUAUUAAUAUGGUCCAAGCUUUUUUGACUGUAAGCAUGAGGGUUUGAAGGAAGAUUCAGUAAAACUGUAGCGGCGAAUAGCGACAUAUGAUAUCCGUGACGUUGAAAACCAGAACUAAACGUUUAAUCAUACACGAGGCUGAAUGACUCACAAGUAUCUUACGAAACGAUCAUCACACAUAUCCAUUAGUUACGAGGAAAGAAAUCCAUAACACGAGAAAAACUUAAGCAAACGGCUUAUAAAAACACCUGGGAAACUUGAAGAAAACUUGAGGUUAUUUCACGGUGGCCUCGUACACUCCAGUGACAAGGCCCCGUGCGCAUGCUCCUAAUAAAUCAAGGAGGAAACCCGCUGGUUAGGAUACCAGCAGUUACAUCGUUCCCCGAAAUGUAAGUCUUGCCUUACAUUUUAACAACAACUAUAAAUAUCACGAUAACAGUCCUAAACUUAUUUUCCAGAAAAAGCGUUCAUAAAAGUCCAGGGCUCCUCGUUGGGGAAUCCCGGUCUCCAGCAUUGCGCCUCCAAAAGUAAAACGAUCUUGUUGAUAGGCCUUUCCAAUUUGGAGCCAUUGCUGGUCAGCACUGUCACCAAUCGGAGUAGAUCUUGAUCAUCAGGAUGCGUGGCUACGAUCUUACCCAAAGGCCAUCUGUUUCUUGGAGACUGGUUUUCCUUCAGUAAUACGACACCCUCAACCUUUCUUUUUGGCCGUGUCCAGUUGUUCCUUGCUAGUAACUGGUAUGUCGUGGCGCUCGUUUUAUAAGAAUAUUGUGUACAAGCAUGAAAACCCUUUAUAAGUGUUUAGUUGAAGUGAUUUUGUCUUAGACAACCGAUUGUGGGGUCAAGAAAGGUGGAUUCUAGGUCUGUUUUAGUCGGGCAUCUCUCUAUGAACCUCAUAGUUAAAGAGACUAAAAGUUCAUUAUUUCUAUGCUUUUAAAUGUUGUUCAUUUCGUUACAAAUCUGUCGCUUUUGCCAGGAGCAACUUUUCGUGUGUUGCCAGCGGUGAAUUCGUCCGUUUUAAGCCCUGACUAGCGACUUUCAACUGCUUUUUAUUGACGUCAAGGGUCAAAUUGUUAAAACGCAUUUGAAAUUUCUGGAGGUACCUUUUAUCAAUAUCCAGACAGAUAUAUUUAACAAAUAGAUUCCAUGUUGCCGUGCGUCUGUUCAGUAAUAGAUCACAGAUGACGUCAAAAUGUCGUAAAAACAAAGAAGUGGCACACGAGCCGCAGGCGAGUGUGUCACUGUUGUUUUUACCACAUUUUGACGUCCUCUGUGAUCUAUUACUGAACAGACCCACGGCAACAUGGAAUCUAUUUCUUUUAUACAAUGAUCAGAAAAGAAAAAGACCGAUACACAUACCUGCCUCGAACCGCUUGACCUUUUGAGGAUUUGUGCUAGUUUAGGCAUUUUUUAAGUCCCAAACCCAACUUUUCAUCUUAGCUUCUUCUUUAUCUUACUUGUGUACAGUUUCUUCGAAAAGUUUUUCACCGUCUUUUCUUGCUCAAAGAAAAAUAAUAGCGAAAACAUUUUGCAAAACAGCGAGUCUUUCGUAGCGAAGACACACGAUGGCAACUGUUGUGAAGAUUUCUUGUAGUUUAGGCAUUGUCAAGUAGUCAAUAGCUUUUCUGGUCUCCGUUUCUUCAUUUUUCUUCUUUGUAAAUAGCUCCUGCUAAACUUUUUCCGAAGCCUUCACUUGCCUCAAUCCGAAAUAAUCUCACAAACAUUUUCAAAACCGCGUGCCAUGUUGAACAAAACAAAGAAAACAAGUUUCCCGUGACGUCAUCCAUGUAUCUGUACUCUAAUAGAUCAUGGGCAACGACCAAUCACAGCGCGUGUAGCAUUCACAUCAUUGUAUAAAUAUAUUUAUAUAUACACCCGUUUUCAAAAAGCUUUUCAUAUAGAGAGAUAUAUAGAUAGAUAUAUAGUUUUGUUUUGUUGCACGUGCGCCCGUGAAAAAAAUCGGUUCAACAAUAAAUUCUCUUUUCGUCAGGUUCUUUGUUCCAAUUUGUCAAUAAAAAAGAGAAUGCACGAACAUUGUUUGCAAUUCUCUUGAUUUGCAUUCUGUUGAAAAUUGAAGAAUGCGGAAUUCGGUAAGUUGUAGGUCAUAUAAUUGUUGUAGUUACAGGAUAAGGAGAAAAUCAUUAAAGGUUUUCAUUUUUAUAACAACGCAGAUGAAAUGAAAAAAAAAAAUUGUUUUCGAAAGCGCUGAUAUUUUUUUUUUCCUGAGAAGGAAGAUGUGACGGUGGAUGUCGAUGUUGGAUGAGCUCCAACAUGGCGGACGGAAACCAACAGAAACAUCUGUUACCGAGUUUUGCUACAAAAGCGUGAAUUUACUCCUAGAGAAACUCAGAAACAUUAAAGUAAUACUUUUUCUAAUACUUGAACUGUUUAGACAGCAAAAUUCCUCGAAAAAAGUCACUUUUUUAACCUAAAUGACAGCUCUCUCGGCCGUCAUGUAAAUGCUGUGUCACGCAAAAGCUUAGAAAUUCAAGCGUACUCUAUUACAAAACCAAGAACCCUUUUGAAGCGAAAAUUUGUUUGAAAAUUAGUUUUCAGCUGCUAUAAUACACCAUGAAAUAAAAUCUCAGUAGGAUCGAUAGUUUUGUAGUUUGAAUUUUAGUGACGUAAUGUGAAAACCAACAAUUGGAUACGUGGGAAGGAGCAAAAGUAUCAUACCAAUUGAUUAAAACGGACCAAGACGUUGACUAGGUUGAUAGAUGUAGAUUUUAUCAUAACGAUGAUGAGCAGGUCAUAUAUAUUGAUGUCUCACCCUUUUUCGUGUAAACUCACGGCCUGUAAGGCAACGUCUCACUGAAGACAGAAUAAACUCUCGGCCACAAAUGUUUUCAAGUUAGUUUAACAGUUUCUCUUAUAAGUACGCCCCUGGACAGCGCAUUUUUUAAUACACCCCGUCAAUAAAUAUGCUUCGCCACUUGCUUCAGAUGCCAUGACAUUUGGCCUAAUAUAAAGAUUUAGCCAGGGCUAAAAGCGAAGCUCCCAUUAAUAAAUUUAUAAUUUAAAUCAAACAAUAAAUUUGUAUUCCACAAUUCAGUUAACUUUAGAGCACAUUCAUGUGACUUUUCAGGGAAAGGCUAAGUGAUUUUAGAGAAAAACAAUUUGCAGACAACCCCAGAGUGAACCAAAUCUUACAUCGAGUUGAUAGCCUCAUAUGUACACCCAAAAACUGGCAAUCGUCUUCGAUCACAUUUAUUAAGAGCUAUAAUGGCUCUUGAUCACCGUAGGUUAAUUAGACCUGGAAAAAAAUUCCG